AUGCAGGACCUCAUCUCCCGCAGGGGCCGCGAGCGGAGAAGGCCCUGGCAGUUGGGCGGGAAGGGCGGCGGCAUUUUGAAGCAGGAGUUGCAGCAGCCACUCCGGUUCGUUCCGUGCCCGUUGGAAGAUGCUGCCAGUCACGCAAGCGGCGAAGAAGAGGGGAACGACGGCCGGUGGAUCCUAGCGUGGCAGCGGCCAAGGCCGCGGCCUCGGCGGCCUCGGCGGCCUCGGCGGCCAGGGCGGCGGCCAGCGCGGCGGCGUUCCUGUCCGCCAGGUCCAGAGCAGCUGCUCCCGCUCCGGCAGCCCCGACAGCACGUCUACAGGCGAGCAAAAGCCCCGAACCCGAUGCCGAGCUGGAUGGAGAGCCUCUUACCGAUGAGGACCUUUAGAUUGGAGCUGUGGCAAUGCUGUGGAAAAAGUUGCGACCAAAGCGACGCCGCGCAGAUGUUUGUGGCGUCAGUGAAAGCGACGAACGGUGACACCUCACUGGGCGGAGAAGACUUCGACCAUGCGAUUCUGCAGCACCUGGUCGAGGAGUUCAAGAAGUCCCAGGGCAUUGUCAGGGCCCCAAGCUUCGACAUGCGAGCAGGAACCGAAGGCUUCAGCCACAAACCUCGUCGUCCAAUGGGCGGCUGUGUGACGCGCCUGCGCCGCGGAUGCCGCGGAAGCCGCGAGGGGCAGCUGCUGCAGGAGGACUCCAGUGUCCACCUAUCCGGUGAGGUGCACAUCCUAUUGCGAGGCUUGGCCGGGCAGGAGCUGCAGCUGACGCUGCCCUCGAGCGCGCGGGUGCAAGAGCUACGGGAGGCGGUGCGCCAGCAGUGGCGUAUACCGCUGCUGAUGCAGAGUUUCAUCCGCGGUGAUGACGUGGUGGCGAGCGCUGGGGUUCAGCCGCUGGGAGCGGCGCUGGAGCUGCCGGAGGGCGGCCAGGUGGAGCUGACGUGCGUUGGUGGAGCUCUGCCAGAAGAAGAGCAGGCAAAGGUUGAUGGCAGGUUGCUCUACGCGACUGCCGCAGGUGACCAUGCUGGCAUGGAGGCCGCCCUUGCUGAUGGAGCCCGGGCACGAUGCAAGGGCCACACCCCCGCGCCCUUCUUUGUGGCGCGUGCGGCGAAGGAUUCCAAGGCGGAAGGGCUGCUCAGAGACGCAGGGGCCAGCGAGUCCGAUGAUGAGGACUUCGCGAGCCUCCGGAAGGCGUUCGCUGCCAAGAGCCUCUCUGGUGCCGUGAAGUGCUUGGCGCGUGGUGCGGAUGUGAACACCUGGCUGCGCCGCGGGGAUGGCGUCAUGGACACUUCAGGUGGUACGCCGCUCCACGCCUGCUGUGCUCAGCAUGGCCAACCCGGUGCUGCUGCUGUGGUGGCCUUGCUGCUGCGUAUGCGCGCUGACAUCAAUGCUGGAGACAGCGAGGGCGACUCCCCCUUGGCGCAUGCGCGCUAUUUCGGAGCCAAGGAGAUCGAGCAGCUUCUCCGACAGCACGGGGGGCAGCUGAAGGGUCCUUACUACCAGCUCCUCGGAGCCAAAGAUUUGUCCAAGGACAAGCUGGCCCUGCAGCGGCUGCGGGAAGCGGCGGAGACCGCAAAGAUCGAGUUGUCCAGCAAAGUUCAGACCGACGUGAACUUGCCCUUCAUCACGGCGGACCAGACAGGUCCGAAGCACCUGAACAUCCAGCUCACUCGGUCGAAGCUGGAGCAGCUUGUGGACCCCUUGUUGAGCCGAACGAAGGCCCCAUGCCUCGCAUGCAACAAGGAUGCCGGCGUGAAGCCUGAUGAGAUCAACGAAGUGCUGCUGGUGGGUGGCAUGACCCGAAUGCCCAAGGUCACCGAAUUGGUGAGGUCGAUCUAUGGCAAGGAUCCCUCGAAGGCCGUGAACCCCGACGAGGCCGUGGCCAUGGGGGCGGCCAUCCAGGCCGGAGUGCUGAAGGGAGAUGUGAAGGAUGUGCUUCUAUUGGACGUCACCCCCCUGUCCUUGGGCAUCGAAACCCUUGGCGGUGUCUUCACCCGCCUCAUCAACCGAAACACGACCAUCCCGACCAAGAAGUCCCAAGUCUUCUCCACGGCUGCUGACAAUCAGACGCAGGUGGGUAUCAAGGUCUUCCAGGGCGAGCGCGAGAUGGCGGCGGACAACCAGAUGCUCGGCCAGUUCGACCUCGUUGGCAUCCCACCGGCGCCCAGAGGGGUUCCGCAGAUCGAGGUGGCCUUUGACAUCGAUGCCAAUGGCAUUGUCAAUGUCAGUGCCUCCGACAAGGGCACCGGCAAGAAGCAGGCCAUCACCAUCCGAUCCAGCGGCGGUUUGUCCGACGCGGAGGUGGAGAAGAUGGUGCAGGAGGCAGAACAGAUGAGGGAGCAAGACCAGAGGAAGAAGGACACUGUGCAGGCAAAGAAUGAGGCAGAGACUCUCGCCUAUCAGGCCGAGAAGCAGCUGACUGAGCAGAAGGACAAGAUGAGCACAGCAGAUGCCGACGAGCUCAAGAAGCUGAUGGAGGACCUCCGGGCCGCCAUCCACAAGGAUGACGCAGAUCUGGAUGAGAUCAAGCAGAAGCACAAGGAGCUCCAGGAGAAGGUCUGGAAGAUCACGCAGCAGAUGUACCAGCAAGGUGCGUCCAGCGAGGAGCAGUCCAGCGAGGAAAAGAAGGACGGUGAGGAGAAGGAGAAGAAGUGA